AUGAAUAAAUUACCUGUAGAACUCAAAGUAGAAAUUGCAAGUUACGUGGAAAUUCCUUUCUUUCUUGGAUGCUGUUCGCGUGAUUGGCACAAAAUAGUAAAUUCCCCACAUACAAAAUAUAAAUGGCUACUCAACAAAUACGGUCGUAUUCAUGCAUUGUUCCACGCUGUAAAAAUCGGUGAACCAUUACUGAAUUUUGAAGCGGCUGAACUUAUACUAAAAAAUUCUCAUAUCAGUCGGCACUUUAUUCAUCGACUCAAACUUGGUUAUGGAAAACGUGGUUUGUGGGGUAGCAAUAUCUCCAACGAUGUAUAUGAACGUAUUCUUAAUUAUAAAGCGGAAUAUGCAAGCUGCAACUGUGAUGAUAUGCAGUCAAUUCGUCAAAUAUUAGAAGGAACGGGAAGCGAAGACGAUAUCAGAACAAUAAUUGAAAUACACAACUUCACACCUUUUCCGCCUAGUUCAACUUUCCGAACAUAUGUAUUUGAAAAUUCUGCAGCUGAAUCUGAUAACCCGCAUUCAAACGGUUACGCGACAGCUUCAGAAAUGAAGAUCGUAGCUAACGCAAUAAUAUCUUACCCAAAAUUGCUGGACACCUGGAGGAAGAUAGGCUACCACGAAGUAACCACGGACUUGGAAAACCCUGUUGUGCAACUAACACUACUAAAUAUUUGCUCUACAAGUGUCCCUUCAAUCCAAACAGUUACUCAAAAACUAUGCGAUUUACAAUCAAUUGGAUUUCUACUGACUGGCACUCUGAUUGGAAAUGCUCUACUUUUAUUCGAACGGAGGUUAAGCGAUGUCGGAGAGAGUCUUAUUGAGGGCUUUUCUAUUGCUCGGAAAAUGUCCAAGGCGGAUGUACGUGAAAUGUGCUUGAUAGAUUUGCUUGAUCCGGCAAGAAAUAUUGAACAACAUGAUGCACUAGAUUAUAUUAUCAACUCGGUUAAUAAUCCCGAAAAACAAAUUCUCUCUGCAUUUGAAAAGUACAGUAUUGUCGAAAAUGGAAAUAACCCAUCACUAUCUCACGUAUUCCUUAAAUACUCACCCAUAGUAUAUCGGCACAUGUUACGGUUUGGGGCAAAGUCUCCGGUUGUUGGAUACUUGAUGAAAGAAAUUGUAAUUGUGAAUACACAGAUCAUCAAUACAGAAGAUUCAGAUGAACUGAGAUAUGCAGCCAAUAUCCUUGACGAAUAUUGUGCCGCAGAUAUACCUUUUGAACGAUCGCUUUUACCACUGUUCAAAGAAUGUCCGCGCACAAAACCAAUCAGCUAUCUAUUUAAAGGAUAUCUGGCAAAAUUGUUCGGAUUUGAGGCCCAACAUCAAUCUUUUUCGGCGUCCCAAAUUCCAGAAAUAGAUGUAAUUACGUCACCCACACAAACGGAAGAGUUGCAGCGACUUUGGUUGGAAGACAUUCAAAAAUUUGUUAAAUCCGAAGAAUUAGUAAAUGAUGAAUUUAAAACGCAGGCAACAGAGUUUUUCGCUCUUUGUUGUUCAAUGCACAGUUGUUUUGAUUACCGAGCAACCUUAUUAAGUCUGUCGGUAAAUUUGUAG